AGACAUAUCCCCAGAUCUCAGCCUCAUGAAACUAUGAAAGAUCCCUAAUCAAAUCUUGUGCUCUGGUUUCAGGGCAAAGUCGGUAAACAGCCAUGGGCCUGAGGCUUGCAUCCUCAAGCCCCUGGAAGCGGCACAACGGCACCAUAGGUUUGAUAUAGGCCCAGAAGGAUUCGGGACCUCACGAGACAUGUUGCGCGGGGCUUGGCAUGGUGCUGAGGAGGAGGUCGAGGAUUGUAUAUCUCCCGAGUAAGAGUGAUAAAGCCUCUCGGUGUCUCAAUUGUCUCUUUUCCAACCUCAGUCACUCUCUACACUCAUUCCCUCUCUUCCAAGUUCUUCUACACCACACUCCUUCAAACCCCAAUCAACCCUCCUACCCAUCCCCUCUCUCCUCCCACAAGACCCAAGCCAAGCUCCCAACCAUGCACUUCUCCCUCGUCCUUCUCUCCCUCCUCCCCACCCUCUCCCUCACCGCACCCACCUACGCCAACCUCCGCCUCCAAAAACGCACCGUCACCACCCUCGACCCGGCCGCCUUCGCCGAAGCCCAAGUCCGCGACCCCACCGCAACGCGCGCCUUCUCCUCCACCACCAUCACCACCUCCAGCGGCCUGUGCCUCUUCGUCGACGAGCUCUCGGGCGACUUCCGCGCCAACCUGACGCCCGUGCAAGCCGCCGCGUGCGACGGCAGCGACGGGCAGAGCUGGGACGUCAUCACGGCCGGCAAGCACGACGACCGGCCCGGCACCAUGCUCGUCGUGAGCACCCUCGUGAGUUAACCCCCUCCCCUACCAUUUUCCAAUUCUGGGUUCUGGUGGGGGGUUUGCUGAUUGAUGGGUGCCGCAGACCCAAGCCUGCCUGAACUUCGACCCGCGGCGCGCGGCAGGCAACCAGGUGCUGCUGUUCUCGUGCGGCGGGCGGGCCGACGGCGGCGGCACGGUGACGGAUUCGCAGUUGUUCGGGUUCGAGGGCGGGGCGGGCCCGUUGGCGUUGAGCCCGAAAAAUGCGGCGGGGACGUGCUUGACGAUUGCGAGCGGGAAGGCGUUGGAUCAGGCGCCGUG